AUAUGGAAUUUGAGCUUGCUUAAAUUUCUGUUUAUACACCAGGCGGCAGAAACAGGUCACGUCGGUUGUCAGGUCAUCUUCUUGUGGUUGUGCAGUAUCGUGUUUUGUUUGGGCCGUGAGUGCAAAGACCCCGUAGAAGCUCACACGUAGUUUUGGUUGUAGCGGUACUAGCUGCAUUUCGCGGCGUUUUGUUGAGUAGAGUUGUAUUGUUGCGUCCUUGCGGACUUGGGGAUGGUGCGGACUAUUCGGGAUUCUUUUUUUCCCACCCGCCCACCCGCGCCGCCCUACGCGGUUCGUCUCUGUGAGGCUCGUUAGCUUCCUUCUGCGGAAGGAGCUACCCUCCUUUGACGUUCCUCGGGGCAGGUUUUUAUUGUCGCGACGAGCCUCUCAGAGUGCGAAUUCAAAGUAGGGCGGCGCUGUCUUUCUUCCAGAAGAGUGCGUUUGUUUUUGCCACCUGGUGUCUUAGAAUUGUUUUUCUUUCCGUUUCGGUAAUUUAGUUUUGUAGGUGACAGUGCGGUAAUACCGAGAGUCUUUGUUUCUUUGUAAUAAGAGCUUGUUUUGAAAUGGAGUAGCAAAUCAGUGGUUGCAAAUUGGACGAGAGCAGUUAUUUGGAGAAAGUUCGGUGGUUGUGAUGAGUUUGCUGUUGUUGCAGGAGGAGAGUUGUUUUUGUGAGUGCGAAAGGACUGCUCUACCUUGAUACAAGAAAACUGACUAUCGAGCCUUGACAUUUAGUAGGAAAGCAUUUUGACUCCCCCUCCUUUUUGUUUUUUUCCCUCAGAAAUCUUUUUCUUCGCCCCGUCUUUGUUAAGGUUGACCUUGACGAUGUCUAGAAAGACACACAGGUUUGGGAGUCACGAGAUUCAUAAUGAUGCAUCUAGAUAUAUUGAUAGAGUUUUGGAAGAUGCUAGUGCAUCGUUAGCGCGUAGAUCUGACGAGAUCAUAGAGUCUGAGAAUUUAGAUAUUAUUCUGCAGCAGCUGCCUUCUAAAGAGUCGUUAGAAUCUGGUAGAUCAAAGCUUGAGGAGUUGCUGUCUGAAUCUUUUGCGCCUGCAAGCUCUCCUGAAUGUUUCAAUUUCUUUGAUCGUGAGAAUCAUAGAGUUAUUGGUUGGAAAAAUGUUUCGUUGUUGAGGAAAUUGAGUUCCCUUUUUCACAAAUCGGAUCCUUUUGCGUGGAAGCUCCCGCUUUUAGGUGGCACGUGUAUUAAUAAAGUUUACUGUCCUGAAGGUUGGCAAUAUAGAAAACCGAAGACGGAUGGCGAUUUGUUAGAAAAGAUCACAAGGCGUUGCGCGAUAGGUUCUGGGGUUUUUAAACGCCCUCCGAAGCACGUUGACCCGGCUGUUUUAGAUUUAAUUUGGAGCACGACGCUUCAGGAGCGCGGCGAAGGACUCCUUGAAGGACCAUUUGAGUUAUCAUCUUUGCCCCCUGCGGUGACUCAUGUGAUCCCUCGUUUUGCAAUCUUGCAGAAGUCUAGGUGCCGCAUGAUCGACGAUGCUCGUAUUUUUAAUUUUGGUGCUGAGUUAGACCGUAGAGUCCCGCUGCCAUCGCCUUUACAGGCGCUGGCAGCGGCGACAGUCACGGCAAGGCUGCAGGCCUGCCCCGAACUUGAUAAGCGUGUUGCGUCGUGUUUCUCUUUUCAGUCCCGUAAGCGGAAGAACGAUGAAGCUCAGAACUCGAAUGAUUUUUCAGCAUUGAACGAGUUGCUUUUUUCGGUAGACAGUGAAUUAGAAAAGUGUCUUAGCGGUGACAUCAACAUUGAUGGGCUAGUAAUUGACAUCAAGGGUGCGUACAAGACUUUAGGCAUUGUCGAAGGUCAAGAGCACGGGAAUUAUAUAGUGGUUUGGGAUGUUGAGAAGGUGAAGUUUGUGGCUUUCAGAGGCUUUAGCCUGCUUUUUGGCAACACGCAUAGUGUUGUUUGCUGGUGUAGAGUUGCGUUUCUUAUUAACUCUAUUAUUCGCGGGCUGUUUCGUAUCCCUUCUUCUGUCUUCAUUGACGAUUAUCAUGCAUUUGUGCGUAAAAAUUUUGGUCAGAGUGCGGCAGAUCAGAUUUGUUUUUUGUUGGAUGUUCUUGGUUUCGAGUAUAAAGCUGAGAAAGUUGAUGUAAGUGAUUCGUCUAUUUUGCUUUUAGGUUUAGUUUUUGCAUUACGAGGCAAGCCCAGUGUAUCCAUCUCAAAUAGUAGAGCAGUAGCAUACGCUACGGAAAUUAAGAAGGUUCUUGCAGCGGAAGCGCUUACUGUUGACGAAGCUUCUCGUAUUUAUGGUAAGCUGUCGCUCGCUUUUUGCGCGGUGUGCGAGAGGGCGCUUCACCCUCUCAUGCGCCCUAUUCUCGCACGAAUGUUCUCGUCUGUGCCAGAUAUUUCUUUGCGUCGUGUUUUGCGCGCUUCGCUCAGCGUCUGCGCAGAGCUCUUGUUUUCCUUGCCUGCUAGGACUUUGGUUUUUCUCCCUACUAGGUUUCUAAUCUACACUGAUGCUAGUUGGCAGCGUGGUAAAGGGUGGACUGCUGGUUGUUUGAUAGACCUCAUGCAAGUUUCCUCAGAGAGACGGUCGUUAGGUUUGAUAGAAUAUUUUAAGUUUCCAGUCGCGAAGGACGAUGUGUUUGAAGACACUUGUUUGUACCCUAUCAACUUUCUAGAAGGUGUUGCUGUGGUUGUUGCUUUUUCUUUGUGGAAAGAUAGGAUCAGUGGGGCGAAAGUAGAGCUUUUUCUAGACAAUUCUAGUGCGGAAGGUUUGUUAGUUCGGAUGAAUAGUGGUAAGAGUUACUUAGCAGCGCUAGCCUUUGAAUUUUGGAGCUUAUGCUCUAUUUCUCAGAUUUGCCCGCAUAUCUCGCGAGUGCCUUCCUUGCUCAACAUUGCCGACCUACCCACAAAGAUAGGAAUUUUGUGCAAUUUGUUUAAGUCGUCGCUCAACACGUUUGAAGUCCAGACUUCAGAAGGUUUUCGGUUGUAUAUUUUUGAUUUGCUGAAGUUACGCAUCAAGCACGCUGAAAUUUUGCUCGAUAGAAGUUUAGAAGAAGGUAGUGUUGUAGAAGAAAAUGGAGGGAAACCAGGCGCAGUUGAACAAUGCGCUGAACCUGAUUGCUCAGGAGCAGUUGCAAGAUCGUCCUGAUGUGACGAAGGUGCGUUUUAUUCGGCAGAUCUGUAGGGACAUGGAUGACGUUGUGGCUUGUUCGACAGAAGGAGAGGCUUCGGAGCGUGAAAGGCUGAAUAUGGCAACGUAAAAGUUACCUUAGUUUCCUUUAAGAUGCCGACUGUGCUCAGCAAUCAAGCAGUUUAGGGCGCGUUGAAGUUUGAUUUCAGUGGCGUUAGUAAAGUUUAUGUCUUUGGGUGCCACCUAAAUUUGUUGAAGCAGUUGCGUUUCUCCUUUGUGUUAUGGUUUUGAUAUUGAGUAUGAUGAUUGGUGGACAUGGUUAGUUCCUUUCUCUCUUUGCAGGGCGUUGCAUGAGCGCGAAUUCAAGCAGAGGACAGAUAUUGAGAAAUUGCAGAAAGUAGUCUGCCAAGACGCAGUUAUGAUGGCGUUGAUCUCGGGUUACAUCCCGCCUGUUGAAGCGGAUGCGCUGGCCGACCCGCCUGUCGUCGCUGCCCCGGCAGCCAUUCCUGAUUUGACUUUGAACGCUGCGCAUAGAAUUGCUACGAACGUUAUUCGGGUAUUAGUUUUUGGUUCUUGGAUUAGCAGUAGUUAGCGAAGUUUUGUUGUAGUGUUGGUAAUGAGCUCAGUGUUUAGAUUGUCCAUUGAAGAUUUAAUUAGGUCGAUAGUCGUCAAGUUGGUUUAGCAGUGAAGGCGUUGUGACUUCGUCUCUUUGAUCUCGUUUCCCCCAUCAGACCUUCUCGAUCAAAGCCGUUAAGAAUUGUGACGAGAGUAUUUUAAUCGAUGCGUUGAACGAUGUAUAUCGUACGAAGAUGAUUCGUAUUGGCGGCAUGGCUGGUGGGAAUUAUGCCAACCGUAUCAGCGAUUUUUUCUUGCUGGGUUCGUUCCAGGAGCAGCUGGUGCUCAAGAUUGAGAGGUAGUCUCUGUUUGAUAUAAUAGUUUCCUUUUUUUUUUUUUUUGCUUGGUUAAUGUACUCCAUCGAGGCAAUUCUGUGUAAAAGUGAAUUCAUUGGUCAGUCUUGAUUAGUCAGCAAGUCGUUUCUGCAAUACAUACGUAAGCUUCUCUCUCGUAUGUGUUAUUUCGGAAAUUCGCAGGUUGGAAACCGUGCGGAAGAGUGAGGAGUUGGAUCGGAAGAUGGCUUUAGUUGAUUCGCGUUUGAAGAGUUGGUCACCGGAGAAGCCAAGCCCUUAUGGAGGUGGUGGCCAAGGUGGAAAAGGGAAAGGAAAAGGGAAAGGAAAAGGGAAAGGAAGUAGGAAGUGUUUCACUUGGAUUCGUCAAGGUCAGAAUCGUGGAGUUACUUGUGGUUUUUCUUCUUGUACUUUUGAUCAUUCGCUACCGCUUUCGAGAAGCGAAGCUCAAGAUAUUAAGAGUUUUGCUCGCUCUUUGAAUGAUUGGAGUUUGGACUUAGAUUAUUGUGGCGAGGUGCUUCGUUCGAGCGUUCAGUCGUCGAGCUCGAGUUCGUCGGGAUCUAAUACGACGACCAAGUCCGAAAAUGUAAACAGUACUGAGGCUGCGGCCGCUUCAGCUUCGUAAUCUUGUCCUUAGACUUGUUAGCUGUGCGUUUGCAGUCAGAGCAGUCGAGACUUGGCCUAACCAGAGCUCGACUGAGGUAGCAAAUGUUUCAACUUCCCGGUCAGCCAUUCGCUGACGUCGUUGCUUUUUUUUGAUGAAACUAAUUAGGUGAAGAAUUGAUCGAGUUCAUUUCAUAGGCAUGAUUAACGUUUCUUAGAUUAUAUGUUUCUGUGAGUUAAGUUGUUUUGUGAGAAAGUCUAAUUAUAGUUGUCACUGAGUUAGUUUUAGUGGUUUGUAGGUAGUAUCGUCUUGUAUUGGUUAGGAAUUUUAGUUACACACAAGAGUUUCCAUGUAGAAUGGUAGUAGAUUUUGAUUAAUUCACUUAAAGGAGAGAAGAUGUUCGAAGCAUUUUUGAAAAGUCUGCGUGAAGCCGACACUAAGAAUGGUGGGAAUUAUGUUACGGCAAGAGAGCAGAAGGCCACUAGCGUUAGGUCGUGGACUGUUGGAGAAGAUGGGAAGUUAAAGGCGUUUACAAGUAGUUCUGCGGAAGGUGUGAAAGAAGUGAGUGGUGGCAGUAACCUGUUAGCUAUUCACGCAGGCCAUUUUGUGACGUCUUCUUCUUCUUCCAGUUCGGUCUCGUCAUCGUCUAGAAAGAGGCCGCUGCGGCCUCUUGGGGCAGUUGAAAAAGAUGGAGAAGUGAGUCAGUUAGCAUCUUCAGAUCCGGCAAUUUUCCUCAACGCUGGGACGAAGGUGGAAGUGAUGUUGGGUAGGUUUAAAAAAUACACUGAAGCACAGAAGGAGAUGGUCUUAGAUUCUGAGCAGACCCCUGCACAAAAGAUACAAGUUUUAGCAAGUCAGGGGCCAUUAGCAGCAAAGCGAACAGUUAGGAGUAAUGCCGAUUUUAUCAAAGGUGAAAGCAUUUCCCAAUCUACCUGGAACACAUAUUUCUCGCAUUUUUAUGGGUAUUGUAGUUUUGUGCUUUCGUUGGCAGAAAAGCCAUUUCCUAUGUCCACAGCGAAAGUUGAGGGUUGUCUUGCUAUCCAGAAGUGCGCCGGUUCGAUGAAUGUUGCUAAGUGUGCUCUUAAGAAAGUUUGCCACUGUUUUCAGUUGAAGUUCCCGGAGGUUGACGCUGCUUCGAUCUCCCGUGGGAUCAAGAAGUGGCAGCCUCCUACUAGAUCAAUGGAUCCUAUUUCCCCCGCGUGUUUAAAUCUUCUGUUGCAGGAUCCUAAUACUAUCGCAAGUUUUAAAUUUUUGAUUUCAGUCUGUUGGAUUUUUUUACUGAGGUGUGGAGACGAAGGAAUUUUUCUGAAGCGUUCCUUUUCUGACGAAGACCGUGAUCUGAGUAAGAAAGAAACUGAAGCAUCACUCUGCUAUUUGGUGUGAUGAGGAGGCUUGCUCGGUUACUAUUAGGCUUAGAUCUAGGAAAAAUCGACUUGAAGGGGAUUGCAUCACCCGGCAGUGCACGUGCGCUGAUGUUGAGUCUUCCGGCGAAGAAGGCGAGAUGCAAGCCUUUUCUUGGGCGAGGGAUUUUUGUCCUUUUCAUUGUUUUUUUAAGGCCCACGUUUUGAAGUAUGACCCGGGCCAGCGAGUCUUUCCGCGACUCGACUACCCUCUUGUUCUGUCUACUUUGAAGCGUUCGUUGGCUGACAAUCAUCAAGUAGGUUGUUGGGGAACACAUUCAUGUCGUCGCGGUGGUUGUGCUGCAAUUGCAGCAGCUGGAGGUAGUUUAAGUCAGAUUUUGGUGGCUGGAUCUUGGAGUAAUAAGAAUUUUGCUUGGCGUAGGUAUGUUAACGAGCGCAAUCUUCAGUGCGCAGGUAUGAUCAAGGCGGCAAAGGCCGAACUUCAGUCAGAUAAUCAUAUUGACGAUUUUGUUUCUGCCGGUGAAAGUGAGAAUGAGGACGCAGAUGUGUAGGGUUGUGUACGAUUGAAAUUCAGAUGGCCUUUGUUAGUAGAUCGAUUCAUAAGUUGCUGAACUGAAGUCGAAUUUGUAUCAGGCAGGUGGUUUCUUGACACAGCGAGUUUUGGCCAUGGGCGUGCGAUCAAUGGUGUUCUGUUUUUUCGCUGUUGUCGAGUGUAAUGAGUCGAUGAGGCAAAGGAAGCAUAGCCGUCUAACGUGCAGGCUUCCAUCGUGAUCGGUGCGUGCACUUGGUGUUUUCUGGGUUCUAGAGCCUAAAGAUGUCUUAGUGCGCGUGCGUCUCACUGCUAGGGAACAGAGUCUCAUCGAGUCCCCACCUGUUAGAUUUACUUUCCCCGUUCGUUUACCUUCUAAGUUGUGUAUGACGGCCCCGUUUAUAAAUAGAGCUACUGUUUUCACUAUUUGUUCAAUCAUAGAAGUGCGCUGGAGCUACAAUCUGGACUAUUGUUGAAUAAGAGCAACAAACUCAAACUUUUCGGAAACGAUGACAAUUUGUUGUAUGAGAAGUAGUGUCCUCAGAUUGAUAUAAUUAGUCGACGUGGCAUUAAUAUCUUCAGAGAAUGUAUAUUGAUGUUUGAAGUGGGCCUUUUUUCACUAAUUUGCUGCCACGAUAUUACUUUCCGACGUAAGUACAAGCUACCAGGGAGCACUGUAGACUUUUUCGCUUUGCGAUCCAGUACUAGUUAGAUAGUUUGUUACAUGAACAUGAUUGGGCUCGUUUAUCAUCCUACUGGCAAGGGUAAUCCUUGUCCUUAAUGAGUUGCAAGAGCCUUGUCCUAGUCCAAGCCCUUAAUGAGUUGCAGAAGUUUUGUCCUUGAUGAUGUGAAUCUAUUCGGCAACCGGCCUAAGACUUCCCGGGCGACUUCUUGUCCUUAAUGAGUUGCAAAAGUUUUGUCCUUAAUAAUUAUGAGUUGCAAAAGUUUUGUGCUUAAUGAGUUACAAAAAUGUAGUCCUUUCACACAAUAUUAGAAGUAGUUAGUUUCCUCAUUUUUGAGUCUGAGCUAAACCGAGAAACUACCUUCCAUGCUGACGUCGUGGAUAGGAGAUCGAGUUGUGAUCUCCACGAGAUCUCCUCGACUCACACUCAUCUGAUCACUUCAGAAACAUGUGGACACUUUAGACAAGAUAAAGCCAGGGACGCCAUGGAAUGGAAACUACAAGGAUUAUAGAAAAAGGCUUUCAAGCUUGUAUGUGAAAAGAAAGCAUGUAUUUUUCGACUACAGACACAAGCAGAGAAACCCAGCUUUUGAUCAGAUUGGCACCUCCCUGAUAAAGCCGCAGUGCUACGUACAAAUAGGAAUAGCAACGUCGAACACAAAGACUUUGCUAGGAUCGGCUGGGAUGCCGAUGCCUCAAGCUCAAUGGUGUCGUCCAGAUGGCGAUGAGGAUGUUGACACUGAUGCUCGGGUCUCCUUCAACAGAUGACACUGAUCACCUUCCCGUGUCAUCGACUGUUCGUCUAUCUAGGACGGCUAAGACUAAAAUUAAGGGUAGGUGAAAGGUGCUUUUGUUACCGCUUGUUAUGGCUCUCCUAAGGGGGACAGCCAUAACAAGCGGGAUAAACGAACACCAAAAAGCUACCUCUAAUAAAAGAGUCUGAUACAACCGGAAGGGCAUCUGUAGUUGUCAACAUAAAGGUGCCGUACUAGUCUGAGACGCAGUUGCAAUAUACUAGUGAAUACAGUGAUCAACUAAUGUAAAGUCUUCCGAACUACAACAAGUUGUAGAAGGAAAGCUGAGAGAGUUCUAACUGAAAUAAGAGAAAGACGCUGAAAUACUAGUGGAGACCUCCAGUGAAUGAAGCUAAUGAAAAAUGUCAAAAUUCAUAAAAUCAAGAAGCGCAUCAACAUCAUGGAAUUUUCAUGGCGUUCCUGGUCCCUCACCCUCUUCUUGGCCCCGCGUACGUGAGGGCGCGGUGUAGCUGAGGCGUCGCAAUUCGCUUUACAUUGGACUCGCGUUUCAAGCAAGUUGCUGGCUCAGCCGUCGCAGCACGGAUUGUGAGAUCACAAUGACAACAAGAACGACUCACUGGUGAAGGAGCCUUAGAAGACGAAAGCGUGGCAACAUGAAGGCACACUCUUAACAUCAACAGAACGCAAUAGUAGAGAUAGAGUCUGAACUUGCAGCCGCACUGCUACUGCAAAACGCACUACACUACAACUUGUUCUCGCGCGAAGAAGCAUGAUAUUGAUACUGCCAGACGCGACUAGAAGGCCUUACAUCAACUACGACGUAGUACAAGCGGAGCCGGAACAAGACGAGAAAGAUGAACAAGCAUUGAAAAUCUACUAACACUUCUAAGCUUGAGGAGCCUAGUAUGAUCAAGUAAGUACUAAUGCUUCAUCUAAGUUUGAAAAAAACCUAAGCGUAAGUAGAGUACCAAUUGCAAAAGAACAAUCUUCUUCAUUACCACAAAAAGAUGGUGUUCAUCAAGAACAAGAAAUCGCGAAGAAAAUCCUCCAAGGAGGCUUCACCUGAAGAGAAGGAUGACAAACCUCCCGAGAUCGACAAGCCCGAUCCAGAAUUAUAUCUGGCCAGGCUAGCAGCGAAAUUCGGAUUCGGGUCUGCGGACUUUUAUGACGUUUUUUCCCUCCCUACAACCAUCGAGGCUCCUGCAGCUCCUUUGCCCCUUAUAUUAAGGCUUACCGUACUAAAAAUUCAUAUUGAGGAGCAUCUCUGUUCCCUUUUGAUGUGAGGAGAAAACGCGCCAAAGAUGCUUUUCAAGAUGAAUUGUUGUGAGCUCUAAUUUUUUUCAAAGGGGAGCCUCGAUGGUCAGUCUGAAUGGAAAAAACCACAAAUCCAUAACUUUGCGCAGGCAUCUGGUGGCGCGUCUCCCAAGUUCAGCUUCAGAACACUAGCACUGGAACGUGGUCGCGAUUUGUCUCCGGAAAAGAGGACAGAAGCAGGUCUCGAUCAACAACAUCCUGCUCAACAACAUCCUGGAGCUCCUCCACAUCAGCGACAGAGGCUGUUGUUUUAUGACGAAGGAGAAAGCAAAAAUGACGAUUUUUCCUCUGAUGAUCAGGUGUAUUUUUCAAAUAUGCGUAGUGGAGGACGAGGAGGAGGAACAGUUGGUGGGGAGGCUUCUAGAAGGAGCCCUUCAGCGAACCAGAGAGGCUCAUCCGCUAAUAAACACAACAAGGAGCAACAGAACGAAAGUAAGAAACAAGUACUGUUUCAACAAGCACGAGGACCUUCUAGUUCCACCAAUAAUACAGUACAGCUUUGAGUACCGCAGCAGGAGGACGACACGGAGAUCAAAAUCUCAUAGAUGUUUCAGAUUUCCCCAAAGAUUUGCGACAGCUUCUGCGUGGACUCAGAUGCGCAUCUAG